AGAUGGAGAUGUGAAGAAAUGAUCACUAUUUUCAAACCGGAAAAAAAUGUUACAGCAUGAAAAAGAGACAGUUGACUUUGGACAAAUCUACUUCAUAUUACUUAUAAAAAGAUAUUCACAAUGAUUGUAAAAGGGACUAACAUUUUACAGAUAGCGAAGUAUUCUCUGAUGCAGUUUCUGUUAUCAAACGAUGUGUUUGCGUCGAACUCUACAGAUGUCUCUACUAAUACUUUCCUAUCGGAGGACAUGCUUACCGGACUGCUGGCAGGAUUCGGAUUUUUUGUUGGACUUAUCGCACUGAUUUGCAUAUGUUGGUGUUGCUGUUGUGGUAACGGCUGCAGUAAAUCAGAGACAGUCAAACGAAGGGUGGGACCGUCUCCGCCCCCUUGGAGGUCACGACCUAACACCCGAGCUACCACGGCGAAUACGGUUUCUACGAGGAUUACCACAGCGCCACCCAGCAGAGUAGCCUAGCAUUCUGUCAUAUAUUAUGAUCUGAAGUGUGAUAUUUCUGUAAAUAUGGACAAAAAUAAUCAAACCAACAUACAGUAUUACAAAAAUUAUGGAUGGAAAUAAAAGAAGUUAAUUUCAAUUAUGAUUUUAACUGAUUGGCAUCGGAUUCUCCUAAAGAAAACUGCAUUUUGAUUCAUUGGUUGCCUUUUAUAUGCAUAUUGUUUUUGUUACUAGUGAAUUCAUAUGUGUACAAAAUCACUAAUGUAAAUGUGAA